ACACAGGAAAAUAUCCGAGAAAAUAGCAAAGAGAAGAAUGGUUUUCAUUUCAUUAUUAGGACUCUUUCUUCUGUCUCUCACACAAGCAGCAGCUGGAUCUCAGUUAUUUGAUCAAUCGGAGGUGUUUGCAUUACUGGGAGAUGAUGUUACUUUGCCAUGUAGAGUACCCUCAAUCCGAUCCUGUUCUUCUGUUAACUGGAACAUGGUUGAAGAGUUUCAGUCGAUCACUGAGGUGGUGAAGGCUGGAGCGGUGACGGCGCCGGGUGGGAAAGCCCUCAGGCUCGACCUCCUCAAGGACUGCUCUCUGGCGAUUACUCACCUGGAACUUCAUGACGCACGACUUUACUCCUGUGACAUCGGCACGCUCAACUCAAGUGUUUCACUUCAGAUUCUUGAAGUUACAGAGAGUUCAAAUCCUGGGGUGGACACCAUAGAGCUUCAUUGUUUCCUCAAUACAUAUAGAGGAUAUGCCCCAUGUAACAAUAAAGGGAUCCGUAUCAAGUGGAGAUCAGGAGACAGUAAACCUAUAAAUGGAGACCGAUUUAAAGUUGUAAAUCCCUCUGAAUGCUUCUCUAAACUGAUCAUCACAAAAAAACUGACGGACCAUCACAGAAAAUGGAAAUGCCAGGUGACUCAGGAUGACACUGUUAAAGCUACCACCAGUUAUACAACGACAAUAAAAGGCGGCAUAGAGGAAGUGUUUGCUGCAGUGGGCGAGUCAGUGUCACUCUCUUGUUGGGCCACUUCUUCUCUUGGGGGGAAAGGCGGAGGGAAGUGGGCUGUAGGUGAAAGGACUCUGACGCAUGACAUGUCACCACAUAAUGGCCCAUUUCAUGUCAGUGAAGAUUCAUCACUCGUCAUUAGCAAAGUGAGCGCUUUGCAUGCGGGGGACUACACGUGUUCAGACUCCACUGAUCAGCAAAGAGGCGUUAACAAAGUCCGGCUACACACCCUCGAUGUUACUUCAGAGCGUGAGCCAGAGGGAGAUAAUGUCACUUUAGCUUGUGUGCUGACCUGUACUAAAGAAUGUGGAAAAGACAUCACUUUGACCUGGUCUGGAGAUAGCCGGAAUAGCUGGCAGAGCCGUUCAAUGAAGGUCAACAACUUGCUCACAAACAGCUUGUUUCUCCCAGUUUUGUCGAUGGCUUCGGAUGAAUACACUUGCUUUGUGCACAGAGACAGUGAUGUGAUGGCGUCAAAGAAGUGGCACACUGCUAACCCUCUGCAAACUCCUGCGUGGGUGGUACUUCCUUUAGUCCUCCUGAUUUGUAUAACUGGAUUCUACCUGUACAACAAGAGAAAGCACCCCAAGGAUGCAGAACAUGAGCAGUCAAGUGUUGUAAUGACUCCUCUUUACGAGGUCAUCCAGGAUGUAAACAAUGAGGAUUUACAACACCAGAGGCAACAUAAAAGAGGAACUACGACCACCACUGACGAUUUCUACGAUUUACUACAGGCCGUGAACUAAAUAAAAGCUUCUUUUAUUUAACUUUAAGUCAGUUGCAAAGGGGAGUAGAUCAGUGCUCAUGACUCCAUCUUCAGGAUCAUACAUCAUACUAUAAUAUGUAUUCAAAUUGUGUAAAAUAUUUUA